UCAACCCCACCGUGGACAGUCACACUAGCAAUUCUAGAGAGAGAAAGUUGAAGAGAGAGAGAGAGUGGAAGAGUGUGGUGUGAGUAAACCUGAAAGCACUUUUUUAUCCAUCACUUACUGCCUCUGCAGCAAUCUUCCGACCACGCGACUGCUGCUGCUUCUGCGCUUCUUAUCCUCUGGGGAAGGCUUCACGGCAGCGAAUGUGAGGCUGAGAUCUGAGCUUGUACGGACGACGCUCGUUUUGGAUCUCCUGGACGCAAUGGGGAGUGUGUCGUCGGAGGACGGCUUGGACCAGGAGAGCGAGCGGUGCGGGAGCUACAGCCUGAGCGCGGACGUGAGCGAGUCUGAGAGUUGCAGCAGCUUCUCGUGCAGGAGGUUCGACGCGGAAGGGGCUUCGAGCUCCAUGACGUCCUCUCCGCAGCCGGUUGCCGGAAAUUUCUGUUUUCAGCCGCCGGUGAUGCUUCCGGUGAUCGGAGGGAAGGAUGUGGUGGCUUGGGAUGAGAAGCCGGAGAAGCGAGAUGCUGAUUUAUCUGAGGUUGAAAUGAUGAAGGAGAGGUUCUCGAAGCUUUUGCUCGGAGAAGACAUGUCCGGAGGAGGGAAAGGAGUCUGCACUGCCCUUGCUAUCUCAAAUGCCAUCACCAAUCUCUCUGCAACCGUGUUUGGCGAAUUAUGGAGGUUAGAGCCGCUGAAAGCGCAGAGAAAGGCAAUGUGGCACCGGGAAAAGGAGUGGCUCUUGUGUGUGAGUGAUUCAAUUGUUGAGCUUGUGCCUUCAAUACAACAGUUUCCAGGUGGGGGUACAUAUGAAGUCAUGGAGAUGCGGCCACGCUCUGACUUGUAUGUGAAUCUACCCGCCAUAAAGAAGCUUGAUGCAAUGCUGCUUAGUAUGCUGGAUGGGUUUUGUGAGACAGAGUUUUGCUAUAUUGACCGGGGGAUAAUUUUGGGUGAUUCGAAAGAGGGUGAGGGGUUUAUGGGUGGAAGGCCUUCGAUUAGGCAGGAAGAGAAGUGGUGGUUGCCCUAUCCUAAAGUUCCGCCAAAUGGGUUGUCCUGUGAAACAAGGAAGAAGUUGCAGCAGUGUAGGGACUGCUGCAACCAGAUAUUGAAGGCGGCCAUGGCAAUUAAUAGUAGUGUACUUGUUGAGAUGGAAAUCCCGAGAGCAUACAUGGAAACGUUGCCCAAGAAUGGCAAGGAUUGUUUGGGCGAUAUCAUUUAUCGUUACAUAACUGCAGACCAGUUCUCACCCGAACAUCUUCUUGAUUGCCUGGACUUGUCGUCAGAACAUCAAACUCUAGAGAUAGCCAAUAGAAUUGAGGCAGCUGUGCAUGUUUGGAAGCAGAAGGACCAGAAGAAACACAACAAUCAUAAGGCUAAACGGGCAUCUUGGGGUGGCAAGGUUAAGGGGCUUGUUGCUGAUAGUGAAAAGAACAAUUUUCUGGCCCAACGAGCAGAGACCCUCUUACACAGCCUAAGGCAUCGUUUCCCUGGCCUCCCACAAACUUCACUAGAUAUGAACAAAAUACAGUAUAACAAGGACGUGGGGCAGUCAAUUCUGGAAAGUUACUCAAGAGUUAUGGAGAGUCUGGCCUUUAACAUCAUGGCAAGAAUAGAUGAUGUCCUCUUCGUUGAUGAUGCUACCAAGCGAUGUGCUGCAGCGGAAUCAGUGUCUAUCUUCAGCAGGGGAGGUUUGAGUGGCCUUCCUAUCCAGAAGCGGAUGUCGCCAAGCCCCUUCUCCAUUCAACACACUCCUUACGCGUCUCCACUUGCAACACCGACUUUCUGCUCCUCCACCCCAGUUAUUGGAAGUCCAGGAAGGACACCUCUGUGUGUAAAGCGCAGCGUUAUAGUAGACGAGAAGUCAGAGAAACUACUCGCAGAUGAUUUUGAGAGGGUGUGGUCGUAUGCCGGAAGCCUAAGCUCAAGAAGAACUACCGGCGAUGCUCCUGAACGGGAUUGACUAAGAUAACGUUAGGUCGGUUUAAGAUUAAGUAGGUUAAUGUGACAAAAGGAAGGUGCAGAGAUGGGUCUAAAGCCUAACCCCCGUGGUGCUGUUGAGAUCUAAUAUUGUAUAUUCUUUAUUAGCAGUAGAAAUAGGUUGGUCUCUAUAGUUUUGACCUGGUAGUAGAUGAAGAAAGGACAAUUUAGUUUCAUGCUGGUUCUCAAAUUCUCGCAUGCCGUAUGGUACUUGUAGCUCAAGUUGUUAAAAGCUUCUAUCGAUUUAUGUGAAGUCCCCUAAUAUCUGUUGUAUCGAAAGUUAAAAUUCUUGGA